GCUGGCCAUUAGGGGGAACCAGAGGCUUUGCUAUAGAGACGGUUUCUAUAGCUACACAUUCCGACGUCUGCUGGCGGUGGGCUUGGAACUAAUCCUCUGCGGAUACUGAGGACCUAUUGUAAAUCAGCAACUGGGGUAGAAACUUCCCUCAGUGCCCUUUCUGCACACCAUGACAGGGUCUUUCAACCAGAGGCUUCCAACCGUCAAGGAAAGAGUUCCUGCACUACCUCGUGCAAGGAAGAUUCCUGGCCACCAUCCACCAACGCCAUGCAAUCUCCACUGAGACUCUUCCUCUUCUCGGCAGUGUUAACUACAGGGGCCUGCCUGAAGUGCGAAACUUGUGAUGCCACUGGCACCACCUGCACUGGUGAAACACAACCUUGCUCUUCUAGUGACAAUAUUUGUGUCGUCGCGGUCAUUGAAAGCGGUCUAGGUUCAGAAGAGAAAAAAGUUACUGCGUUGAAACGAUGUGAGUCUCUGCAGGUAUGCACAGUUCCCUCAUUACAGUUCAGUGCGGGGAAUGGAACAACCUACAGAGCAGGUGUUGCUUGUUGCCUCGAAGGCCAAUGCGACAAAGCUGUUCCUGAAUUACCACCGAUAGAGUCUAAACCCAAUGGAAAGAUAUGCCCUGCAUGUUUAGUUGAGGGAGGUAUAUGUGGUGAUGAGACAGUGGCUUGCGUUGGACUGGAGAAGUUCUGCUUUGAAGUGGCAACGGUCUUCAUUUCUGAUGGAAAAGAGCAGGAUAGAAUCAUAAAAGGUUGCACGACUCAGUCCGUCUGCUCUGGAUUAAAAACUGGCAACUCUCCUAUGCUGGAUGUUGAAGUUGUGAAGGAGGUCAAGUGUAACCCAUUUUCUAAGGGCUUCCGAUCCACAAGCCUGCUUCUCCCUCCUUUGUCUGCGCUCUUGCUGCUGAAGAUCUUCCUGUAAAAGAAAGAGGGGACUGUGGCCACGUGGCAUUCCCAUUAUGGUUCCUUUGAAUCCACAUACCAUCUUCUCUCCGUGCAGAUUGGCUUUCUAGACAGAGCUGUUGUGUUUUCCUCUGUGAAAAUAAACUCCA